AUGCGUCGGAUUGUCAAACAAGCUACGAACAAAUGUGUCAUUUGUCGACGUGUCGCGGGGAAACCAUAUGCUGACCCAAUUGCCGCUCCACUUCCUGGAUAUUGCGUACAAACGUCUAACCCAUUUGAAGUGACUGUAGUAGAUUUCACCUGUGCUUUGCAUAUCAAACGUGACAAUAGAGAUACCAAAGUGUACACUUGCCUGUUUACCUGUGCCGCUACACGGGCAGUACAUUUGGAACUUGUGCCAAACCUGACCAUAAAGUCGUUUUUGAAUGCAUUCAAGCGUUUUACGGCUAGACGUUCCUUACCACGUCUUAUGAUUUUGGACAGUGCCACAACCUACAUAGCUGCCAGGGACCAAAUCAAAACACUUAUGGAUUCACCUGAAGUGAACAACUACCUGGCAGAAAAACGUGCAACCUGGAAAUUUAUUCCUUGGUACGGCGGAUUUUGGGAACGCAUUAUUUGGACUAACUAG